GAACGUUUGUGUGAUGCAUUUCCGCAUUGGUAACCGGAAGUUGAUUGUAAUUGUGGCAGCAGGAGAUGGACAAGUUUUGCGAGGACGGAGUGAAGGUGCCGUUUGGGACCAAGUUUCUGGAUGCUGCCUUGUGUGUUCCCACGUCUUCAUGGGAGCAUCAUGUCACCACAGGCGUCAUCCUGACACAUGGAGCUGGUGGAGACAUGAACUUUAAACAUCUCGUUUCUCUGGCACAUGCUUUGGCUUCACAUGGCUUCUUGUGUCUCCGUUUCACAUGUAAAGGCUUAAAUCUAGCACAUCGUGUAAAGGCUUACCGUGCAGUGUGGCACUACUUGAAAUCACUACAGAGCUUGAAGCACAUAUUCUUUGGAGGCAGGUCAAUGGGGUGUCGUGCUGCUGCUGCCCUGGCCAAGCAACUGCGUGAUGAAUCUGAGAGUGCUGUGCAGGGAGUCAUCUGUUUGUCUUUUCCUCUGCACCCCCCAGGACAGACUCAUGCCCAUCACCAGCGGAGUGAAGAUCUCAGAGGGCUGCCUGAAAGCACGUCUGUGUUGUUUGUGUCGGGCACGGAAGAUACCAUGUGUGAUAGGGUUCUUUUUGAAGGCGCUGUGAAGGAGAUGAAAGCUCAAGUGGAGGUUUUCUGGCUGAACGGAGGAAGUCAUGGCCUGAAAGUGUCAGGAAGGUCAGAGGACUCUGUCUUACAGGAAGUGAACUCUCAUGUCAUCUCCUGGCUGAGUAAAUGGGAAGCAUAAUAUUUGAUUUUGUCAUCUAAUAAAUGGUUACAUUUCCUGCACUCUUUGUAGAAGUACACGUUACAUCUUGGAUGCUUGGACAAAGGCCGAGUCAAAUCAGUUUUAAGCCCACCCACUCAUGGUCCUGGUCCACCAUGUUCUUACAAAGUGCAGACGUCAGCAUUCUCAGCAAUGAAAAAUGGGUUAGUUUAUGUU